ACAUAAAACCGGAAGCAGUAAAUUGAUUGUUGACAGAGCCCAUUGUUUUCCCAGCCAUUCAUAAGCACUGAUAUUCCCUGGAAUUAUCAUCAUCGACUUUUUUCUGUUGUUAUCAAUAGAAUCUACAAAUGGAUAUCAAAAACGUCGACACUCCUCAGGCCCAUGAGAUGUCACCUUAUCACUCGGGAGACAGUGAAUACAUAAGUGAAAAUGGUUCACUUACUUCCACAUCCUCCCUACAAAGUGAAUACGAACCCAACCCCGUAAAACGGUUCUUCAACUCGUUCAAGCCAUACGACUACUCCAAGAUCGAUUUUCUCCUUUAUCAAGAUGAUGAUUUGGAAAGUGGUGGUAGCUACGACUUUGGUCCUCAAGGAUCGCCGCCAGCCACAGGGCCUUCCAGGUCUCCCAACCAGGAGGAGAAGAAGAAGAAGUCUAAACGACUCCAUCCCCAGUUUGACUACUCAAGACUCAGUGACUUGGAAAGAGCAGCCAUUGUCACCUCCACCUCUCCCCUUUCUAGGACCUUGAAAUCUAGACAUUUGCUGAUGAUUGCUCUUGGUGGUGCCAUUGGUACCGGGUUGUUUGUGGGGAUGGGUCUGGCGUUGGCGUCAGCAGGGCCAUUUGGUUUGUUGAUUGUGUGGGUGUUUAUUGGGUCUGCAAUUUUUGUGACAGCCCUGGCAUUAUCUGAAUUGGCAGUUGCAUUUCCCAUUUCGGGUGCAUUUGUGACUUUCAAUACUUUGUUCAUCGAUUCAUCCUGGGGGUUUGCCAUGGCAUGGAACUACGCCUUGCAGUGGCUUGUGACGUUCCCGUUGGAAUUGGUGUCCGCAUCCAUCACCAUCCAGUACUGGAACUCGCCCGUACCACCUGAGGUGUUUGUGGCGAUCUUCUGGUUCAUUAUUUGUGCCAUUAACUUAUUUGGAGUGCGAGGCUACGGUGAGGCCGAGUGCGUGUUUUCGAUGAUUAAGAUCGUGGCGAUCUUGGGAUUCUUGAUCCUUUCGGUGGUGUUGGUGGCAGGGGGAGCACCUCCCAACCACGACUUCAUUGGCGGCAAGAACUGGCACCAGCCGGUGGGAGGAAUGUUUAAUACCACCGAGCCAUUCAAGAACAUGUGUGCGGUGAUUUUUAAUGCUGCCUUCUCGUUUGCCGGGGUUGAGUUGUUUGGGUUGGCGGCAGCCGAGUCGGCCAACCCCAAGAAAUCGAUCCCCAAGGCCCGGAAACAGGUGUUUUGGCGGUUAUUAUUCUUUUACAUUUCCUCGGUGAUCAUGAUUGGAUUGUUGGUGUCGUACAAGAACCCAGCACUUUUGGGCCAAACCGACACCAACGCCGAGGUCAAGGAGAAGGGUAUUGACGCCAACACGUCGCCGUUUGUGAUCGCUGUCAAGCAGGCUGAGAUCCCGGCGAUCCCCUCGAUUUUGAAUGCUAUCAUCAUUAUCACCGUGCUAUCGGUGGGAAACUCGUCUGUGUACGGGUCGUCUCGUACGAUGGCGGCGUUGGGGGCGAUGAAACAAGGUCCUCAGAUCCUCAACUACAUCGACCGAAACGGGCGUCCCAUCGUGGCAUUGUUGGUGCAAUUUGUAAUUGGGUUACUUGCGUUCCUCGUGGCGCUCCCUGGUGAUAAGACUACUCAGGUAUUCGAUUGGUUGUUGGCGAUUUCGGGUUUGUGUUCGUUGUUCACGUGGUGGUCCAUUUGCUUGAGCCAUAUACGGUUCCGGGCGGCGUUGAACCACCAGGCCCGGGUGGCUGAAGAAGAGUUGGUGUUCACCACCAGCGUAUGGGGAUCCUACUACGGAAUGGUGAUUUUGACGAUAUUUUUGGGAUUGCAGUUCUGGGCCGCUUUGUUCCCCCCUGGGGAAGGUGGUGCCGAUGUCGAGGGCUUCUUCAUGGUUUACUUGGGAGGUGUUAUUGUGUUUGUGUGCUAUGUGGGACACAAAAUCUAUGCGGCCUUGUACAUGGGAAUUCCCUUGACGAAGUUUUAUUUGAAGGCCUCCGAAAUCGACGUGGACACCGGUAGAAGACAGGUGGACAUGGAGGCGUUGAGACAGGAAAUCGCUGACGAGCGGGCGCUUUACGAGCUGAAGCCCUUCUAUUUCAAGAUUUAUACGAUUUUCUGUUAGCUCAAUUACCUAAAGGGCUCGGGUCUCACAGGCUCGGGGCUCAGGGGUUCAAUUACCUAUUAAAAAGCUCAGAGUAUAUGCUCAAACACCUGUCAUUGGUGACUUCAAUUCUAUCAUGUUUUAGUUAAAGACGUUCAAUUUAAUAUAUACCCACCUUA